CAACUCGUACUGUACUAAAAACUAUGCCAACUUAUGAACAUAAAAUUAAUAAGACAUACAACGAUUUUCAAUAGGUAGCACGGUAUUCUAUAUUCUGAGUUUUACUGCGGCCGAUUGGCUUUGAAGUAGCGACAAAUGUCGGCAACGCUCGAUCGGGUCACGCUCCUGCAACAAUUAAUAAAUUUAGUUAAAGAAUUUAAGUUGACUGACCGCGAUAUGCAGUCCAUCCAGCUACCUGUUAACCUGUAAUAUUUCUACCUCUGACUUACGCACUUUCGCCUAUGGACAAACUGGUGGUUACGUUGAUGCGUUCGCAGAUCUUCUACCACCAUCACCAACAACGGCUCCGCUUGUGCACGGUCCAUAUUGUCCGGCCCGUGUCCAAAUUGUUUCUCACGAGGGGCGGCUAUGCAUCCGCUUUCAAACAUGUCAUUCCGCGGCUCAAAGGCGAAACCGAUGAUAGCCGCUGGUACAAGAAACUGAAGAAGACGCUGACAAUUUUGAAAUAUGGUCUCGCCUUCUCGGGUAUCGUCUACGCUCACUGCAGCAGCAGCCGCAACAACGGCAACGCCCCCAAGGAUCCCUCCCUGCCCGCCUCGUCCGAAUGCGCUCUCUUCCGUUGCUGCAAAUCACCACGCAGUCUGCCUGAGACGGCUGCGCUCCUGCAGGACGAAACACUGAACAUUAACACGGUGCAUCCUCUUGGCUGGACCUUCCUGCACGUCAGCGCCGCUAACGGCAACGCGGCGGCCACGCGACUGCUUCUCGAGGCGGGCGCCGAUCCCAAUGCGCAGGAUGAGUUCAACAAUGUUUACGCCGUAUCGGAGGCCCGGAAGUCGCAGCCGAUGGAGAUUCUUCUGAUCCGGGAAGAGGACUUCAGCGGGGGAUUGAAUACGCGAGCUAGUUUUAAGGGCUGCACAGCUCUGCAUUAUGCCGCUCUGGCCGAUGAUCUGGAGACUGUGCAGUUGUUGUUGCAAGCGGGCGGCAAUCCGCUGAUCAUAAACGAGAAAGGUCACACCUGUCUGGAAUACGCCAAGGAACCGCGGAUUAAAGAAAUGCUGGAGCAGGCGGUGGCUAGAGGAGAGGAGUUCCAGCGGCGGUGUGAGGCGGAGGAGCGCAGCAAAUUCCCUCUGGAAGAGCGCCUCAAGCAGACACUGGUCGGCCAGGAAACCGCCAUCGCCACUGUGUCGGCGGCUAUACGCCGGCGCGAAAGCGGAUGGUAUGACGACGAUCACCCAUUGGUGUUGCUAUUUCUCGGCUCUUCGGGAAUUGGCAAAACCGAGCUAGCUAAGCAGAUCGCGCUCUAUCUCAACAAAGACCAGAAGAAAGGAUUUAUUCGACUGGACAUGAGCGAGUAUCAAGAAAAGCACGAGGUGUCCAAGCUGAUCGGUUCACCGCCGGGCUAUCUGGGUCACGAACAGGGCGGACAGCUAACGCAGAAACUGAAGGAAAGCCCGGGGGCGGUGGUCCUGUUCGACGAAGUGGACAAGGCGCAUCCGGAUGUUCUGACAGUGUUGCUGCAGCUGUUCGACGAAGGUCGCCUGACCGAUGGCCGCGGCAAGACGGUGGAGUGCAAGGAGGCUAUUUUCAUUAUGACGAGCAAUCUGGCCACCGAUGAGAUUGCCGAAUUCGCGGUGAGGAUGCGCCAGGAAGACCAGGCAAUGCGCGGCGCAGCCAGUGAUCUCCGGCCGUCCUCCGAGGUCAUUCACUUUCCCCGGAAAUUCAAGGACGAAGUGGUGGAACCGAAACUAAAACGUCACUUUCGGCGCGAUGAAUUUCUUGGCCGCAUCAACGAGAUCGUGUAUUUUGUGCCGUUCUCGCACGGGGAACUCCUGCAGUUGGUCGACAAAGAUCUGACCUUUUGGAAAGAUCGCGCCCGGCGAAAACACGACGUUCAGUUAGAAUGGGAUGCCGGUUUAGUCGAAGCCAUCGCGGAUGGCUACAACAUCCACUAUGGAGCGCGUAGUAUCCGUCACGAGAUCGAGCGCAGUGUCAUUAACCCGUUGGCCGCGGCAUAUGAGCGUCACCUCCUGAAUCGGCAGUGCUGUGUGCGGCUGACCGCCGACACUUCGCUCUCCCUGCAAAAUGAUGCCGGUGAAUGCUUAUGCGAACCACGUCCCAUCAAGAUUCUUCUCAAGCCUCAGACACAACAGGACAAUCAGGAGAAAAAAGCGGAUUUUGUUGACAUCACGGAGUCACUCAAGCAACCGCUUCCACAAAUAGCGGCAGAAUAAAGUUCUAUCUGACAGGGAAAUUCAACACAAUAAAAAGACAUCAUGAAUAUACUAACGAUGUUUUAGGAAUAAACUGAAGAAAUGCACCAUCGCUUAAAAAUUCAAGAAGAUCAAAAUUAAAAAUAAAGGCACAUGAAGUUUUCAACGUUCCAGGGCAGC